AUGGCAGGGGGAAGGCGGGGCCCCAACCGCACGUCCUACUGCCGAAAUCCCCUCUGUGAACCCGGCGCCGCUGGCGGCUCCGGCCAUUCCACCAGUUCCUCUGUCACGGGCGUGCGCUCACGCACCAGCCUGGUGGAAAGCGGAAUCAUUUUGUUUUUGUCACCGCAGAACUUUCAUCUUAUUGACUUCAACGUGCUGACAGUGACAACGAUCGUCCUGGCACGCCGGCUGAUCGGUGCUAUUGUGAAGGAGGCUUCGCAGAGUGGCAAAGUCUCCCUCCCGCGCUCUGUUUUCCUGGUGAUCACUCGGUUUGCUGUUCUCACUGGCACAGGCUGGAGUUUGUGUCGGUCGAUAAUUCACCUUUUCAGAACCUACUCUUUCCUUAACCUCCUGUUCCUGUGUUACCCGUUUGGCAUGUACAUUCCCUUCCUCCAGCUGAACUGUGACUUUCGGAAGACGGGCCUCUUCUCCCAGGUGGCCAACAUCGGUCCCAGGGAGACCGGUGAGGUGAACUCCCGGGGCCGAGACUACCUGACCGUCCUGAAGGAGACCUGGAAGCAGCACACUCGGCAGAUGUACGGCAUGGAGGCCAUGCCCACUCACGCCUGCUGCCUCUCCCCAGAUCUCAUCCGCAACGAGGUGGAAUACCUGAAAAUGGACUUUAACUGGCGGAUGAAAGAGGUGCUGGUGAGCUCCAUGCUCAGUGCCUACUACGUGGCCUUUGUGCCCGUCUGGUUUGUGAAGAACACUCAGUACUACGACAAACGCUGGUCCUGUGAGCUCUUCCUCCUGGUUUCCAUCAGCACGUCGGUGAUCCUCAUGCAGUACCUCUUACCCGCGCGCUACUGUGACCUGCUCCACAAAGCUGCCGCACACCUGGGCUGCUGGCAGAAGGUCGAUCCAGCCCUCUGCUCCAACGUGCUGCAGCACCAGUGGACAGAGGAGUGCAUGUGGCCCCAGGGAGUGCUGGUGAAGCACAGCAAGAACGUGUACAAAGCCGUGGGUCAUUACAACGUGGCCGUGCCCUCGGACGUCUCGCACUUCCGCUUUCAUUUCUUUUUCAGCAAACCGCUGAGAAUCCUCAACAUCCUGAUCCUGCUGGAGGGAGCUGUCAUCUUCUACCAGCUUUACUCGCUGAUUUCUUCAGAGAAGUGGCACCAGACCAUCUCGCUGGCUCUGAUCCUCUUCAGCAAUUACUACGCCUUCUUCAAGCUGCUGCGUGACCGUCUGGUGCUGGGCAAAGCCUACUCGUACUCUGCCAGCAGAGACUCAGAGCAGAAGUUAAAUUAAAACAAUUGCACUGAUGCUCAGCUUAUUACAAAACAAACAAAACAAGAAACCCUCAGAGCUUUGUAUUUUUGUUACCACUGCUUUUUUUCUUUGAUAACUGAUGUAAUUAAAAGGAAAAAACAUAUUUUUUUACUCCCAA